AUGGACCCUCCUCACCAUCGCACCUCGUCCCUGGCGGACGACUCCGACUACGACGACUACUAUCUGUACUACGACGACGACCCGCACGACACGCCCGAGUCGCGACAGAGCACUGCAUUGGCACGAGAAACAUUGCCAGCGCGAGGAGCAGCAGCCGCGGACCCAGUAUCAGUACCGGUAACAGCACCACCACCACCACCAACACCACCACCACCAGUCGCCAUAAUACCUCCGCUGCCCGGCAUACAGCACAGUACACAGCAGCCGCGUCUGCAGCAGCAAGCCUCGUCGUCCUCGCUCGCGCCCAUCAGCGUGCCCUCCUUCUCGGCCUUCCGCAAGGCAGUCCCCACCGCUGUCCACCACCCGCACGCCGCAUUCCACGCUGCAAGCCAGCCCUCGCCGCGCGCUGCCUCCUUCUCCCUUGCCGAACAGAGCAGCCCUCGCCUUGCCGAACCCGUGCUGAGGCCGCAGUCUCUGGACAGUCCUCUGCUACCGCGCCAGCCGGCCGCCGCACUCGCUAGUGGGAGUCCACCGCGUGUGCAGGCAGAGGCAGCCCAUCCGCGGCAUAGCAACAUACACGACCGCUCCUCGUACACGACUCCCCCCACUGCUACAGCCACAGCUUCUCACGACCGCAACGACUCCAUAGAUUCACGAAUCGCCAGUACAGCCCUCGCUUCCGCAUACAGCAGUCCGCGAGACUCUAAUCCACCCGUAUAUGUAAAGCAUGCUCAUGAACACAUCUAUUCUACCGACUAUCUGGACCUUCACGCGGCACAUCGGACCACAUCUUCCAGCAUAGACAGCAGCGAAUAUUUUGAGCCGUCUGACAUGGACGACCAAUCUUCAAUGUACGCAGUGCAGCAGGCACCUACUAUGACCGUGCAGUACGAGGGGGAGCAGAGAAGGCUGUCAGACGAGUCGGUAGACGCAGGGUCAGUUGGAUCUGCAAAACGGCCAAAGUCUCCCGCUGGUCGAGCACUGGGCUCUUUCUUCGGCUUUGGAAAGUCUUCUGGUCGAGCAUCCGAGGACGACUCACCCACGACGACUUUCUCGGAUCGUUCUCUUUCACCCUUGCCGUCUCCGCGUUUGGUCAAGACCCUGCCGGUGGAAAUGGAUGGCCGAAGAGCUUCUGCCAGACUUACACCACCGAGUCUUGAUGUCCACAAAGCCAAUGGCGCGGGAACCUACUUUGAUAACCCGGAAACUCCUUUGCUAAUUGGCCAUGAUGCCAACAAUCAACAUGUCCGAGAACUCGAGCGUGAGAUCUCCCACAUCAGCCAAGAGCUUGCUGGGUCCAUCCGGAGAGAGAUGGAGCUCGAGGAUGAGCUUGAUCGAAUUCGAAUGGAAAUGCCCAACCUCCCGCCUUCUGAGUUCAGCCAGCGUCGAGGCAGUGACUACUUCUCUGACUCCGGUGCGGGCUCAGUGAGGUUUCCGAUCACCGACGUAGAUGCGAAGCUCGAGCAGAUGGACAAGCAGGUCAGAAAAGCAGAGCAAGAGAAGGCUAACUUGAAAGUGGAGAUGGCGAACAGGUUGCAAACCGAGCUCAGCAGAAGACGGGACCUCGAAGAACUUGUGCAGAACCUCGAGGACCAGCUGGAGAAACAAACACAGCAAGAUGAAGUUCGUGGCAGUGCCGAAGAAAGGCUGGAGCAAUUAGAGUCUACCCUUGACGAGACUAGGAAGCGACUGGGGCAAGAAAAAGACACCAAGCAAAGCUUUGAGGACCUAUACAGCGCCACAAGGGAAGAGUUGGAAAGGCACAGGAAUGAAGCAGAGAACCUGCGAAACGAGGUUGUGCCAGGGCUGAAAGCACGAUUGGACGGCUUGGAGACUGAGGCGGCGGAUACGCAGGCUUUGGUCUACGAAAACACACGCUUGCAACAAGAGCUGGCUACACUCAAAAACAGCAGCAAUCACUCCAGAUUCAAUAGCAUUGCGGAGGGGGGUGUCGCUUCUGCUAUCAACCCCGCGAGGAUGAGCUUGCAGCGGUCAGGAUCUCUGGUCCGGAGUUCAAGCCUGAGGCGCGGUGGCUCAAUCAAGGAGAGGGAAGGUGGUCGGCAACGUGCAGGCUCGGGCAGCCUUGCCUACCCUGACGGCCUCAAGGAGAUUGAAGACCAGCGUGAUGCUCUGCACAAAGCACUGAAGCUUCUGAUCAGACGACAUGAGAGGCAACAGCGCGAUCACGAGCGCGCAAUGAAGCAUCUUACGAGCGCGAAGGACAAAGCCGAACAGAUUACGGCAAAGCGAAGUGUCUACACCAGGGAAGUCGCCUUCCUCAAAGAAGAGGUGUCUACUCUGAGAAAACGUACGGAAGAUGCGCUUGAGCAGAAGUGGCAAUACGAGAAGAAUCUUUCUGGUCUUAAGAUGGAUCUCGACCGAGCCGAACAAGAAACGCGCGGGUUGCGCAUCAUUUUGCAAGAGCAUGAUCUCAGCUCGGUCAGCGAGCGGAGCUUUACUGACGGCGCUGAGGAAGACGAUCAGCUGAAGCUUAGCAUAUCGAGAGCCGAGAACGAGCGAGACCAUGCCAGGCAAGUGGCGGAGGAGUAUCGUCAGCGGGCCAACGAAGCAAGCGGCGAGAGCUCGGCAGGCCUCAUCAAGUCCGCGAAGCGCAUGGAAGAGCUAGCCGAAGAGCUCGAGAAACAGGCUCAAGCCAACACAGCGCUUCGAGAGCGUUUGUCUGUCGCAGUCUCCAAGGGUGAGCGCGAGCAGAAGGAGUCCACUCGCCAGAUCGAGGAGAUGCAAAGACGGUUAGCAGGCAUGGAAGACAGUGUUCUUGCGGCUCAGCAGCACUCUGAGACCACUCUUGCGAAUCACGAUGCUGAGGUACGCAGGAUCGAGGAUGCUUCGUCACCACAUCUGCAGCGACUAAGGAUAUCGAUCCCUGAGCCAAGCAAGCUUGGGCCAGCGUCACCUCUACUGAAGAAGAGCCCGAAGCUUGGGAGCAAGAAGUUGAGCGAAACUAGCCUGCUUGAGAUGAGCCGCACACAAAUGCUCGAGCGCAAGGUCAAGGAGCUUGAGGGACUGCUUCGCGAGGCAGAAGAAGACGUGCAAGUCGUCGUGCAGAGGGUCAACAGCAGCCAGAUGGAAGUCGCCGAGCUGCAGACUGAGCGCGAUGCCGCUUUGAUACAGAUGAGGAAGUUGCAGGCAUUGGUGUCUGAAGAGCGGGAAAGAGCUGAGGCACUGAUGCCGUGA